CUUAGCCACUCAGCCAGAGAGGCGGUCUACGUCUCAAAUUUUAUGACGGAACUCAACUUCAAGACCUUCGGAUCGGUUCCCAUCAACAGCGACAGCACCGGAGCGCUGACAGUGGCCGGGAAUGUCAUGCACUCUCAACGCACGAAGCACGUGGCCCUGAGGUACUUUUUCAUCCGGGAGCUAGUUCUGCGGGUACAAAUCACUCUUCACCACCGGCCCAGCGAGCACCAGUUGGCUGAUAUCGCGACCAAGUACCUCCCAAAGCACCGAUUCGCCUCCAUCAUUCAGCAGAUCAAGGACUUCUCGUGUUGAUCGAAGAUCUGUGAAGCUUCCUUCCAUACCCGCCAUACCAGAAGGAAAUUAUUUUCGAUACGAUGCCAGCGGAGGGGUCGAGGUAGACAAGGAUAUGGUGAUGCCGUCGACCAUUGUGAAUUAGUUGCUUGAUCGAGGGGUUACACACAGCAGCAACUAUCACGAACACCCUCCCUUGGGGCUGUUGUCUCGACCAGAUAAAAUAUACAUCAGAAAAACAACAAACAAAAAAAUGAAACAAGACUCAGACCUCUACUUCUCAGAUCUCGAGCCUAGACCAAAAUUAAUUACGAUGAACUUCAAAAAGAUCUCUCGGAAGAGCCUUCUUCAGGGUGUCCGCAUGCUGUCUUUCGCUAGAGACAUGAUGACUGAUUUCCAAUAUUCCCUCCUCUGUCAAAUUCCUAAGUAGUGCUGCACGUCAAUGUGCAUACUGUUACACGAACUAAGUGGAAUCGCACCCUCGUUGUCCUCUCGUACCUGAAUCUUACCAAUUCUAUCACUAGGCCUCAAGAACUCGAGCAUUCCGUUGACAAACAGACAGAGCCUCUUGUACACCGUCACCCAUCGCAACAUACUCUGCUUCAGUUGUUGAAAGAAUCACGCAUUUCUGCGUCCUAGAAUACAAGCUACAAGAAUUAGUGCUCCCGAAACUGAUCUACGGUCAGUGGCCUUGCUAGCGAAGUCUGCGUCUACGUACACCAACGUGCCUACGGCUACCAUUCAUCGUGUCCUGCUUGUACUUCAAGAUAGAUGUGCCGUCCCCAGAAGAUAAUUUAAAAUCUUCUGGGCCGCCUUCCAGUGGCUUUUCUCUGGCUCGUGAGAGUGCUUCGCAACUGCCCGCACAACAUUUGAGAUGUCGGGCCUCGUCUGGUCGGCGAUCCACAUCAGGGUCCCCACCACCUCUCGGAACGGCACAUCCCCUGCCUUCUCCUCCUCCAUCACGGACCUGUCAACACUAGCAGGGGGAGCAGGGUCGAGCUGGUGCGACAAAUAUUGAAUCUCUCGAGAACACUCCUGACGCAACGCUCUUGAGACAUCUCAAUGGUGCCAGCCUCGCGGUCGCGACUAAAUGCGCAACCAAGAAAGAACUUGACCUCGCCCAAAUUCUUGUGUGAAAAGCGACACCAAGCGCUUGCAUAACUAUCUUGGCAAGCCUCUCAAUUCCUCCAUACAGAAUGUCAUCCACAUGAAUCGCGAUCAUACCCAUCACCUCGUUUCCCAUCAUGAAACGCAGAACACAGGGGUCAGAUAGAGAUUUUUCGACACUAAUGUCACGAGUCGCUAGCACGCAGGGUAGAGGUCGCAAGUGUGUAAGCAGUGAGUACGUACAGCUCCCGUUCACGGCACGGUUUCUAGCGCGAGAAAGGGGAUUAUGGCUCCUGAAAGGUAUUCUCUCAUGCAACGAUGCACACACACUGACCUCUCUUUGUGCAAUCGAACGACUGUACCGAGUGCGAUGAGUAGUGAAGAUACUCGUACCAGCUGUAGUAGCCGUGUAGCGUCGGAGCAAAAGCCUCCUUGUGGAUGUUAUGGUCUUAUUCUUUUAGUUCAAGCUCAGGAUGGUAGCUUGGUUGUGAGCAGAGGAGGGCGAGUCCGGCAGCUCUUGCAGAGGCUCCGCAGAAUGCGGCCAACUACCUCUGUGGGGGUGUACUUGCGGGACAAUGAAUGUCUCGAACCGUAACACUAAUAAUCCUCUUCAGGUCCGACACAAAUCUCUCGAGAAAUGUUCUACAUGCCUGCCUCAGUUCAUCCAAAAUCUGGUCUAAACGAACGACCUUUCCUGACAUCGACUUGCAGCCACGAGGCAACUUGAAUACCUUCCAAGUUGUACUUGUACGCCAAUGCUACCUUAAUAUAUUAUGUGGAUUGUGUGUACCCCAGCACGUAGCAGGAGAAACUGACGCCCACCAACGCUAGUCGGUGUGAUAGCUCGCGGAGCUUGUAGCAGCAGAAGCACAGCAGUACUUCAGUGCAGAAGAAGAUGGAGAGAUGUUGUAAACACGGCGCUUCUGUGGCCGACACAGACAGAUACACCCGGGAGACGGUUGUAGUCCAGGCAGUAUGCCAGCAGCAUCCAAGGUAACACAUACGUCAUUCGUCUACAUAAGCAGUAGUACUGAACAUUGAUUACGACAGGAGAUGCGUAGUCUAGGCAUUUCCAUAACAAAUACCAAACGGAUUGAUGCAGCAUUUGCAGUAGGCGAGAAAGUCUCAAGAUAAUCCCCACCAUACUUCUGCUUGAAGCCCUUCGCUACAAGCCUAGCCUUGGCCGUCACUAUCUUGCCUGUUUCAUCUGCUUUCCAUUUGUAGCAUCUAUCACGUUACAGCCUUUUGGGGCCUUUACUGCUAACGCGAAUGUUCCUGCUCUUAACAAGCCUUCACAUUCUGCACACAUGGCCUUGUCCCAAAUCGUGGAGUACCUUGAUUGGCGGGCUUCUUGAUAGCUACCCGGUUCUGACUCUACGUCGUGAAUGAGCACUUUCGGCAAUUCCAUUGCAUCAGAUGUUCUCUGCUCCACUAAGAGUGCUUCUACACUUCCAGAUGCGGAUAUAGGUCC